AUGCCUUUCAAUCAAUUUAAAAUAGUUUUUCUUAUUGUUUGCAUUACAAUUUCUGGCAAAAACGCUCAAUAUGACAACUUUGGCGGCUACGACAAGUUCCAAAAUAUGGGAAGUGUGCCAAUUGGCCUCCUCACCGACCAGAACACGGACCAAAUGAACAUUGUCUUCGACCAUGCCAUUGAUGUGGCUAACCAAGAGGUGGGCACUGCGUUGACAUCCCUGAAGGCUGAGGUUAACUAUGGGGAUGCCUAUCAGAGUUACGGCAGACUGUGCAGAAUGCUUGAGACCGGCGUAGCGGGUGUCUUCGGACCCUCAUCACGGCACACUGCCGUUCACUUGAUGUCCAUAUGCGAUGCCAUGGACAUACCUCACAUCUACUCCUACAUGAGCGAAUACGCCGAGGGAUUCAAUCUGCAUCCGCAUCCGGCCGACCUGGCCAAGGCCCUUUAUAGCCUCAUUACGGAGUUUAAUUGGACACGCUUCAUAUUCCUCUACGAAUCCGCCGAUUACCUCAACAUUUUGAAUGAGCUGACUACGAUGUUCGGCAUGAAUGGACCCGUGGUCACGGUGCUGCGAUACGAUAUGCAACUGAAUGGCAACUACAAGCAGGUACUCCGCCGGGUGAGAAAGUCCGUGGAUAACCGAAUCGUGGUUGUCGGUUCCAGCGAAACUAUGCCGGAGUUUCUGAACCAGGCCCAGCAGGUGGGAAUAAUCAACGAAGACUACAAGUACAUCAUUGGCAACUUGGACUUUCACUCCUUCGAUUUGGAGGAGUACAAAUACAGUGAGGCGAACAUAACCGGUCUGCGACUCUUCUCGCCGGAGAAGCUGGCCGUCAAGGAGCUGCUCAUGAAACUGGGAUAUCCCACCGAGCAAGAUGAGUUUCGAAAUGGCUCCUGUCCUGUUACCGUGGAAAUGGCUUUGACCUAUGAUGCAGUUCAGCUGUUUGCAGAGACCCUGAAGAACCUUCCCUUCAAGCCUGUGUCCCAGAAUUGUUCCCAGCGCACGGAAAGCGUCCGGGAUGAUGGCUCCUCCUUUAAGAACUACAUGCGAACGCUUCGACUUACAGAACAUCUGCUCACCGGACCCAUCUACUUUGAGGGAAACGUACGCAAGGGAUACCAUCUGGAUGUCAUAGAGUUGCAGCCCUCGGGCAUUGUCAAGGUGGGCACCUGGGAUGAGCAGAGGAACUACAGAGCCCAGCGACUGGCAGCCACUACCGCCCAGUUCGACAACAUCGACAACUCGCUGGCCAAUAAGACCUUCAUAAUCUUGCUGUCGGUACCGAACAAACCGUACGCCCAGCUGGUGGAGACCUACAAACAGCUGGAGGGCAAUAGUCAGUACGAGGGCUAUGGCGUGGAUCUAAUCAAGGAGCUGGCCGAUAAACUGGGAUUUAACUUCACCUUCGUGAACGGCGGCAAUGAUUAUGGGUCAUACAAUAAGACCUCGAAUGAAUCCACGGGCAUGUUGAGGGAGAUUAUGAUGGGGCGCGCUGACUUGGCCAUCACGGACUUGACCAUUACCUCGGAGCGCGAAGAGGCCAUAGACUUUACCAUUCCAUUUAUGAAUCUAGGCAUCGCCAUUCUGUAUCUGAAGCCUCAGAAAGCCACUCCUGAGCUCUUUACCUUCAUGGACCCCUUCUCGGAGGAGGUAUGGUGGUUCCUGGGCUUCUCAUUUCUGGGCGUGGCCAUGAGUUUCUUCAUAUUGGGCCGCUUGUCACCCAGCGAAUGGGAUAACCCUUAUCCUUGUAUUGAAGAGCCCGAAGAGCUGGAAAAUCAAUUCACCAUAGGCAACUCCAUUUGGUUUACAACAGGAGCGUUGCUUCAACAGGGAUCUGAGAUCGGACCAAAAGCCCUAUCCACGCGUACCGUGGCCAGUUUCUGGUGGUUCUUCACUCUGAUUGUGGUCUCCUCUUACACUGCCAACUUGGCUGCCUUUUUGACGAUCGAGAAACCCCAAAGUCUGAUCAAUAGCGUUGACGAUCUAGCUGACAACAAGGACGGUGUGGUCUACGGCGCCAAACGAACCGGAUCGACUAGAAACUUCUUUUUGACAUCUGAGGAUGAGCGCUACAAGAAAAUGAACAAAUUUAUGACCGAGCAUCCGGAACACCUCACCGAAGACAACAUGGAGGGUGUGAAUAGAGUGAAGACUAACACGCACUACGCUUUCCUCAUGGAAUCGACUUCCAUCGAGUAUAAUACCAAGCGUGAAUGCAAUCUAAAGAAGAUCGGGGAUGCACUGGAUGAGAAGGGAUAUGGCAUAGCAAUGCGAAAAAAUUGGCCACAUCGCGACAAAUUCAACAAUGCCCUGCUGGAACUUCAGGAACAGGGAGUCCUGGAAAAGAUGAAAAACAAGUGGUGGAACGAGGUGGGCACCGGUAUUUGUGCUACCAAAGAGGAUGCUCCGGAUGCCACGCCCCUGGACAUGAAUAACCUGGAAGGCGUCUUCUUUGUGCUUCUCGUAGGCAGCUGCUGUGCCCUCCUCUACGGAAUUAUCAGCUGGGUAUUAUUCGUGAUGAAGAAGGCGCACCACUACCGCGUGCCACUACGCGAGGCCCUCAAGGAAGAGUUCCUGUUCGUCAUCGAUUUCAACAACUAUAUCCGGGUGCUGAAGAGCUCGGCUUCCAUAUACUCCCGCAGCCGUCAGUCCUCCGUGGCUUCCAUGGCUCCGGAAUCGUAGGCUGACUUAAUUAUUUAAUUUUAUUACAUUUUUUAGUUUUUAUUCAUUAAAAGGUCAUUAAGAAAAAUUGGAAUGUUUUCGGUUGGGGACACGAGGGGGUUUCGUCGCAAAAAAAUGUUCAGGAGUGACACUGAAUGGCGAAAAAGCUUGCUUAUAAAAUAUAAAUAAAACGAACUAGUUUGAAUAAACCAUAUAACUUAAUUGGUUAAAUAAAUAUUUGAUCAUUUUUAGAAUAUUCUUGUUUCCUUGUUAAAUAAUAAUAAAUUGUAAAAUGUUAUUACAUAAAACGCUUGCACUUUUGCUGGUUAAUAUUUAAGGUUGCUUUAUAAAAAUUCAAAAGAAUAUUAAAAUAGAUAAUAUAUAAGCGUAUAUUAUU